AGAUCGAUCAUGAGAACAUAUGAAGAAGAUCCAUGUGGUGGUGAGCAUGAUGAUGAUAAUAUUCAUUCUCAAGGAAUCCUAUUCAAUAAUCUUCAAGAAGAAGAAAACCUAGAAGAAGAUGAAGACCUAGAAGAAGAAGAAGAUAAUUCAUCCAUUAUUUCUGAGCAUUUCUCAAGGCUCACCUCCAUGCUUCCAGGCUUACCAGAGGAUGCCAUAAUUGACCAGGAUAACAUCAUUAAGAGCACCAUCGAGCACAUUGAGAAACUCCGACAUGACCAAGCCAACAUUCAGGAGCGAGUGAAUCGCAACAUUAACGCUAGAAGAUCCUCGGUUGACAAUGUGGUGUCUGCAUACAUGCAUGAAAGCUCCUCUUCGGGUCAAGAGAACAUUGAUCAAAGUAUUCCCAUUGUGAAGGUCAUUUCUAAUGGGAAUAAUGUUCUUAUAAAAAUCCAUUGCAAAGAAGAGAAAGGGAAUUUGUCAAGGAUAACCGAUGAGAUAGACAAGUUUAAUCUUUCCAUAGUUAAUAUGAACUCAUUGCCUUUCGAAGACUACAUUGAUAUCACCUUCAUUACUAUGAUACGCGAUGGGCUCAGCAUGAAAUUGAAGGAUAUCGUUAGCGCUUUAGAAGUGUUAUUGUCGGAGUAACAAAAUCAGCUCAUUGAAGAAUGAUCUAAUUAAGAAUUUCAUAACUAGGGUUAUAUCUGUUUGAUUGUGGGUUCGAGUUUGUUUUUGUUAGUAGUCCGUUUGUUGUUUGUUGUGUGUUUUGGUUACUUAUAUUUUAUAAUUGUAUUGUUAGUGUAUUGAAUUCUGUCUAUUUGUAUCUUUAUCUCGUUUCUAAUGUCAAUUUGUGUUUUUGUGCA